GCGUGUGCGUGGACGUGAGGUGUGAGUCAGGCUCUCGGCCUCACUCCCCCUCACCCUCGGCAUUCCAGAGAGCGUCUCCGGCUGGUAUAAAGCUACUUUGACGCACUGGGCUGGGGGCAGGAGUCGGGUCAUCCUUCCACACCGAGCAGACACCUGUGGGACUCGCGCCUCUCUUAGCACCGGAACGCGGAGAACAUCAGGGAGUGGUCGAAAAUGCUCUUGAUCGUGGGGUGCGUGGUGUUCAUAUGUGCUUCCGGAAAGGCUCGAAGCAGCACAACGGAGGCUCCGCGCCAACAAAUCAGCACCACGGCCAUGGAUACGAGUCCUUCUGUUAAUUCCACCGACGGCGACAGCAGACGGCCUGGGUCAAACGGCACCUGCGACUGCUGGUCUCAGACCUACAGCAUGCCGAGAGACGAUCUGCAAAAUUCAACAGACCGCGUGUUUACGAAGUCCCUGGAAAAUUGCACACAGUGCCAGAACUCUUCCUCUGUAACCACAGAAAUGUCAACUGUGUUACCGUCAGGUGUCAGAGAUCUGGCCCCUCCAGAGAGCAAACCCCCACUUUCAACAUCUGGAUCUCCGAGCUUUUCGAACAGCCCCUUCAUUGCUGUGAAGGAUCGCCAACCCACUACGACCCCACCUGUCUCUGCUGCUGAGAGAACAAGCUAUGGCAACGCAGUAGCCAACUCAUCGGAGGGGGUACCUGGAACAGCCUCCACAGCAGGUGCGUUUACAGAUGACCAAGACAUCACGAUGACAUUGGAAAACCACAUGAACUGGGCAGGCACCGAAGACCCUUUGUCAACCACACACCAGCUGAACGCAUUCUCCUCCCCAGCGGGGGUGCUAAAGAGCACCGCGUUACCGACAACUUCCGAUUUACAGUUCACGACCCCCACUGCGGCCCCUACGUCGAGCGUUCACCUUAAACAGCCUACUGCGAAGGGUGUAGAUGUAAUACCUGUUGAUUUUGACGACUACAGUUAUUAUGAGAACGAUGACACUGGUGUCAAGGCUGGAAAAAUGGGUAGCGGUCCAAUCCAAAAAUGCAAUUACGACCCUUGUACUCAUCUCCAGAAACCCUGCAGGGAAAUGUUUCACAACUGCUUGUGCCCGGGUCAAAGUCCAGCCUCGGAGCCUCCAGGUACCCCUCCCAUGUCUGUGGGGGAGGUCACGCACAAUUCGGUACAGGUCGCGUGGUGCGCCCCAUCCUCCCACGUGGAGCAUUACCUCCUGGAGGUAGAGCAGGUGGAGGGAGGCUACCCGAUGACCCAAAGGGUCAACUCCAUGUUCCGAAGAUCCACCGUGUUCAGUCUGCUGGGGGGUCAAGAGUACAACAUCUGUUUGAAAGCAGAGAACCAGGCAGGUUCCUCGCAGCCGACAUGCGUGGCCUUCAGCACCGGCGUGAACAACAAACCCUACCUUUACGCCCUAGCGGGCAUAGCCGGACUUCUCGCGGUGGUCACCGUGGUUCUGAGCGUAUUCCUGUACAAACAGUGCAAGAAGCCGCCACUGGCGAGCCCUCACCUCACCAGCUUGAUCUCCAUCCCCAACCCAGCCUUCUGCAGCCCAGAGGAAAGGCUUGGCUCCUCCACCAACAUCUUCAGGAUUUAGAGCAGCAGCGCCUUUAAGAGCCUGGAAUUAUAUUGAUUCUAAGCUGCUUACCAUGCUGUAGAUUCUCAUCAGCAAGUCUUUGUCACAAGUGGAUUAGAAUUUUUUUUUUUUAAAAAUGCCAAUGAAAAUUCCACUGAAUAUAUUUUUGCGUUCCACAAAUUGUAUAUAGAGCCUGCUUUGCAUUUUUUUGAAAAGGAAAGAUAAAUUAGUAUAGAACAGUGUGUUUAUAACCCACUCUUUUAUAUAGUUUUUGGUUUGGAACUUUUCUGUGUUUAAACUGGAGAUCUUGGUUCCCUAAAUUAUUCAAAAUGAUAC